CGGACAAACACACACAAAUAUACACCGAAUUUAAAAACAACACUUGAUUCAAACACACAAAAACAUACACACACCAGCAUGGCUUUCCAUUACCCUGAAGCACGGAGGGAUGAGAGUCAGGUGGAGGAUUAUCAUGGAGUGAAGAUUCGGGACCCGUACCACUGGCUGGAGGACCCCGACUCUGAGGAGACUAAGAUGUUUGUGGAGGCGCAGAAUAAGCUGACGAUGCCGUUCCUGAACUCGUGUGCUGUCAAAGAAUGCUUUCAUCAGCGGCUCACCGAACUCUACAACUACCCCAAAUACAGUUGUCCUUACAAGAGAGGCCAGAGAUAUUUCUAUUCUUAUAACGAGGGUUUGCAGAACCAGAAUGUCCUGUACGUGCAGAACUCUUUAGACAGUCCAGCAACGGUGUUCUUCGACCCAAACACACUCUCAGACGACGGGACUGUGGCUCUCAAAAUGGGUCGCCUGUCCGAGGAAUGUGAGUAUUUUGCAUACGGUCUGAGCAGCGCCGGCUCAGACUGGGUGACGAUCCGGUUCAUGAGGGCCGAUGACCAGGUCGAUCUGCCCGAUGUUCUGGAGAGAGUGAAGUUCAGUUGCCUGGCCUGGACACACGACGCCAAGGGAAUCUUCUACAACUGCUACCCUCGACAGGACGGCAAAGCUGACGGCACUGAAACCACAACAAACCUAAACCAGAAACUGUACUACCACGUCAUCGGCACGAGCCAAUCAGAAGACAUCCUGGUGGCAGAAUUUCCUGAGAACCCAAAAUGGCACAGUAGCCUUACCGUCUCUGAUGAUGGUCAGUUUGCAGUGCUGUCCAUCACUGAAGGCUGUGAGCCGGUCAACCGUCUGUGGUACUGUGACCUCAACAAGCUUCCCAACGGGAUCACAGGUUUGCUACCGUGGGUGAAGUUAGUGGACACGUUUGAAGCACAGUACACGUACAUCACCAACGAGGGCACUGUCUUUACUCUACGCACCAACCUGGAGGCUCCUCGUUACCGUCUCAUUACCAUAGACCUGCAGAAACCAGAGCAGAAGCACUGGAACACACUCAUUCCCCAGCACGAGAAGGACGUCCUGGGGUUUGUGGAAUGUGUGAACCAGCGCUUCCUGCUGGUGAAUUAUGUGCAUGACGUGAAGGACAUCCUACAGCUGUAUGAACUUCAGUCGGGGAAACUGAUCCGAGACCUGCCGUUAGAAGUGGGAACUGUAACCGGUCUGAGCUGCAAGAAAAAACACGCUGACUUCUUCUACAAGUUCACCUCAUUCACUACACCGGGUAUAAUCUACCACUGUGACCUGAGUCGGGCCGACCCUGAGCCCACAGUCUUCCGGCAGGUAGAGGUGAAGGGAAUCCAGGCCAGCGAUUACCACACCACUCAGGUGUUUUACCCCAGUAAAGAUGGCACACAGAUCCCGAUGUUCCUGGUCCACGCGUCUGGCAUCGAGAGAGACGGAUCUCAUCCGGUGUUCCUGUACGGAUACGGAGGAUUCGAGAACUCUAUCCAGCCGCACUACAAUUCUGCAUACCUGGUGUUUAUAAGACACCUGGGUGGGAUCCUGGCCGUAGCGAACAUCCGAGGAGGAGGAGAGUACGGCCAGACCUGGCACAAAGCGGGCACUCUUGGGAACAAGCAGAACUGUUUCGACGACUUUCAGUGUGCAGCCGAGUACCUGAUCCGAGAGGGCUUCACCCGAGCCGACCGCAUCGCCAUCAACGGAGCCUCCAACGGCGGUCUUCUCGUGGGCGCGUGUGUGAACCAGCGGCCCGAUCUCUUCGGUUGUGCCGUCGCUGAGGUCGGGGUCAUGGACAUGCUCAAGUUUCACAGAUUUACCAUCGGUCACGCCUGGACCACCGACUAUGGCUGUGCGGACGAUCCGGAGCAGUUUCAGUGGCUCAUCAAGUACUCUCCUCUGCACAACCUCCCUGAGGCCCCUGGAGCCGGGCCCCCGUACCCCGCAAUGCUGUUGCUGACGGCGGAUCACGAUGACCGCGUGGUUCCUCUACACACACUGAAGUACGCAGCCGCUCUGCAGCACGGUGUGGGCCGAAGCCCGGCUCAGACGCGGCCGCUGAUGGUGCGAGUCGACACGCGGAGCGGACAUGGGUCCGGCAAGCCCACCGCUAAAGCCAUCCUGGAGGACACGCACGUCUUCUCCUUCAUCGCACACACGCUGGGCCUCAGCUGGAGAGAGUGAGACACCAGCAACAGUUACAUGACCAGCCCAACGCAUUCUCAUCCCAAGGCGUCAUAUACGACCCUUUUGCCAAAGCACAGAGAUCCAACGCACAUGAAACCUUUAGUGUCAAUAUAACACGCUUCGGUUAUGGGUAGGUUUAGGUCUGGGGUAGGGUUAGGGUCAGACCACUAGG